GUGCGCGGCGGAUGACUCAAUGCCUGGAGGAGGCACACGCCGACUGACUGCAGCCUACUUCAGGAAGAUCAGAAAGAAAGUGCUCCAGGACCAAGACACGGAGCUUUUCUCUCGGCUUUCUAAGCGAGAAGGAGCACAUGACCUUCGCCUUUCUUGAGGAGCUGAACGUCGCCGCCUCCCAGCCAUGGCUUCUCAGGCAAGCUAUGGUCGCAACAUGCUGUUCCAGACCAUUGACAACGACCUGAACGCGUCGCUGGCCACCGCGGACGAGUUGUCCAAAGAGUUCAACUCCCUGCUGCAGGAGGCCUCAAGCAGCAGAAACACACAAGUCCAACCACAGCCCACCGUGACGGUGUCCAGCCCUUCCAACACGUUGAGGGGGUCCAGUAGUUGGAGCAAUGACACCCCCACCUCCAUGCCUUACACCCCCACCACAGCAACCCUCCGCCCAAUGGACUCAAUCAUCUCCAUCAGCAAAAGCGCCCCAACCUCCCCGGCGCCCUCCAUCAGCCCGCUCUCCUCCCCAAGGAUCAGCAGGGCGCGCUCCCCCCUCCCCCGAGGCGCCGUCGACAACUACCCGUACCACCAGCUGAGCCCCAAGCAGUCGCCCGGCAGCCCGAGGCGGAGCUCGCCAUCACGCUACGACAGGAGCCCCCGUGGCUCGCUGGGCUACAGCGAGAGGAGCCCCUCCCCGAGCCCCACCGCCGCCCCCCACCUACCAUCCCCCCUCCACCUGAACUCUUACGAAGGCGGGCAGAUGAGUCACAGGUCGCCUCGGCCCGACAGAGGCCCCUCCCCUUUGUUCUUUCAGCAACCGCAGACCGACACGCUUCAGAGGCAUUUUCUCUUCAGGCAGUCUGAUGAGGGUGCACAGAGGCAAAAGAGUCCCGGCAAGUGGAAUGAGACGGAUCUGGACAUGUCCUACGAGAGCAAGCCUCACCACACCUAUGACAAAACCGAGUGGAUAAGAGCGUCUGUGCCGAACAGCAACUGGAGAGAGUCCAACCUGGACGGUCCUCCUCCGGCCCCCAGCCCCAAAAAGAAUCAUCGCUCUCAACCUCCACAGUUCUCCUACAGUUCCCUCUCCCGGAAUACCCGGGUGUCCGUACCCCCCGACGUCGCAUCCCCAACCCAGCUUCAUCCGUACAACCCUCAGCCCAUCAUCUCCCGCAUUUCCAUCCCGCCAGUUUCCACCCAGUCCCGUCAACGCAGGCCCAUCCCGCUCUCCGUCAUCAUGCGUCUACAGAACCCUCACUGGGGCGCCAUGUCUUUCCGUCCCCCGGGCGUCCCUGGAGACCCCCGGGAGGUACCUUUCCAGCCUGCGGUGUCCAGGAACUUCUUCAACCAGGCGGGAAUCCAUCCGCCGCCGCAGCCGCCCGAGCUGAGACAACCGGCGGUUUACAGUGACGGUAAAACAACCAAGCAAACGUGUAGACUAAAAAUGGCUGAGUAUUCCUUUUCAAAUGUUUUUGUAACCAUCUUGGCAGCACUGAACCCGGGUGAUAUUGAUGCAGAACUGGCCCGACUGGACUUAGUUCAUCACAUGCCAAUGAUCAAUGAGGGCGAGCAGAGCAUGCAGGCCCCACCUCGGCCCCUCAGCCCCACCAGGCUGCAGCCUAUGGUGGCCCCAGAGGCUCAGAGCCAGGAGAUCCCCGAUCUGGAGGAGGUGCUCCGCCUCCGAGCGGAGAUCCCCAGGCCCCUGAAGCGGCGGGGCUCUGUGGACCAGUCGCGGCCCCUGAAGAAGGCCUCCCACUACGAGCCCAACCAGUACAAGAACCUCAUCAACAAGCUUUUCCAGCGCAAGGGCCGCCGACACAAGGGCGAACAGGGGAGUGAGACCAGCAGCUCGUCAGAGGGAGAGGACAACAGCGUCGCUCUUCCUCCACCAGCUGCCCCCCAGACCUCCUCCCCCGAGGACAACAGAUCCUGCUUUCUGUUUCAGAACUACCAUUCCAUCCUGCGCCGGUCCAACCGUGAGUGCAAAGGUUCUGGGAGACGAGCUCGUUUGAGCCCGCUGGUCCUGGCACUGGAUGGGGCACUGGUGGGCGAGCUGGAGACGGUGCAGCGGGCUGUACAGGAGAUGCAAGACCCGAGCCAGCCUAACGACGAGGGCAUCACCGCCCUUCACAAUGCGAUCUGCGGGGGCCAUUACAACGUGGUGGACUUCCUGGUUCGUAUCGGGGCCAACGUCAGCUCGCCAGACAGCCACGGAUGGACUCCGCUACACUGCGCCGCAUCGUGCAACGACCGGCCCUUGUGCGAGUUCCUGGUGAGGAAUGGCGCGGCGGUCAUGGCCAUGACGGAGAGCGAUGGCGCCACUGCCGCCCAGAAGUGCGACCCUUACGCCAAUGGCUUUGAAGAGUGCGAGACUUUCCUGAGAGGUAUGGAGGAGGUCAUGGGCAUUGAGAACAGCGGCGUGCUGUACGCUCUCUGGAGCUACCCAGCUCAGGCGCCCGACGAGCUGAGCUUCCGAGAGGGAGACAUGGUCACCAUUCUGCAGAAGCACAACGCCUCCGACUGGUGGUGGGCCUCGCUGUGCGGCCGCGAGGGCUUCGUGCCCAGCAACUACUUUGGGCUUUUCCCAAAGGUGCGGCCCAAGUCCCUCUCGUAAAGGUGGAGGACCUGCUUGAGCCAAGAUGCUGACGUGUUGUAAAAGUGUGUUGGUUUGUGUGUGUGUGUGUGUGUGUGUGAUGUUUGAAGGACGAGUUUCAGUAUUCUUUCUUGUAUUGCUUUGCUGUGGGUUGUUUUCACCGCCGUUCAAGUCUGCACCGUGUUGACCUUCCUGUCACACGUUUGCAAAGAAGAAGUUGGCGUCGGGUCCCAAAACAGUGCUCAGAUUGGAGGUCACGCUUUUAUCAACACAGUCAAACCUCGGUUUUCGUAUGAUUCCGUUUCUUCUCAAAAUGUUCUCUCUGAAACAAAACUUGUACAUUUGCCGUGGGCUGUAUCGUAGUACCCGACGCCACCACUGACUCACUGUCCGUGCGACUGCUAAAUAACACGCCAUGGAGCCAAAGAAAGUUGAUGGCUGCUAGCUAGCGUGCAGUUUUUUUUAACAUUAUGAGAGCCCUGUAGACAUGAAAUAACACCCCUAUAGUGACCUUUACACUCCUAUUAAUCAUUGUUUACACUACAUUGCAACUCUGACGCUGCAGGGACUCGAAACGGCCGCGAGCUCGCGUGCUAACCAGUUAGCCUCGGAUUUAUUUCUUCUAAACUGGGACAGUUUGGAUUUUUUGACAUGAAGUUGUAUGACAUCCCGGUGCAACUGCUAAAUAACACGCCAUGGGGCCAAAGACAGUUGCGAGUGCCAGCAGUUUGAUAUAAAAGCUGAGAAAUACUAUUGCAUUCAAGAGUGAACUCAUCGCUAAGUACAAAGGUGGCAUCCCGCCUCCUCCUCCUCCACUCUUCGCCGACUUUGCCAAAGUCUUCAAUGUAGAUAAAAAUGAUUGUGUUCAUGUGUAAUUAUUUCACAAUUUCUGCAUGUAAAACUGCAAUUAUUCCCUAUGAAAUGCAUUUUUUGUGAAUAUUUUUGGGCCUCUGGAACAGAUGAAUUGAUGUACAUUAUUUCUUAUGGGAAUAAUUGCCUCGGUUUUCGUACAUUUCGGUUCGGUGACUUUUUGGAAUGGAUUCAUAACGAAAACCGAGGUUCCGCUGUGUUUCUGAAGCGCUGUUUUUUGGUUGUUUUUUUUUUCCAUUUCUAUUUUCUUAUUUCAUCAACCUUCCCUGUACUGUGUGAAUCUAAUAAUGCCAGUUUUUUAUGCCAAACUGUUUAGUUUGCCCCCACAUGCGCCUGCUUUGGAGAGGCAAAAAAAUGUGUGCGUUCUGUGACUAUGAAAUGUUUCUUUGUGUGUAUUUCUACUGCUUAGUUGGAGAUGGUUGGCUGUAUUAUAGUAAUAAUAAUAUACACUCGUGUACUAUGUUUUGUAUUAUGCCCACUAGACAGAACUCAUUCCAUUCAAUGGUUAUUUUAAUGUGCAAUGUCCAUUGACGGCCACUAGGCGGUGUCAUGUCAUCAAAGUAUUAAAAUGUCUGCUUCUGAGUGCUUGAACCUUUUCGCUGUUCUUCAUCUCUUGAGAUUUAUGGAGUGUUUUAUUAAAAGAAACUUACUAUAGUGCCCCAGUAGGAUCCAAUAUUAUUUGAAAAGACCCAGAAAUGAGCAGGAGAGAACCCCAUUAAGGUGGUAUAGAUGGUCACGGGGAAUCACAAGGAGGCUCCUCAGAGAAGGAAGCCUAUCAUUACCUUGAAGCAAGACAAAAAGAACAAAAGUGAAAAAAGAAAAAGCCAGACAUCUUGCCAAGGAAAAAAAAGGAGGCUUUCAAGACGAUACGACGGUCAUCAAUGUUGUAUACUUUGCCUUUUAAGAACUGAAUACACGUCUAGUGGAGUUACUCCUGACAGGAGAUGUUCUGUCCGACCGAGAGAAGGUGGGCGGGAAGUGUCGCGGUCCAGUCCUCCAUUAUUUAGACAAUGCUUACACGUGUGCUCGUGGAUCAUCUACACUGAAGUACGAGCUGUCUCGACUUCUUAUUUGGCAGUUUGACCACGAAAGUCAUGUUUUCAUGGCUUUUUUCCCUUAUUUUCUUUGGAAAUAAUGCAAAAUAACAUAGUCGUCCCUUGUUUAUAGCGGUUACCUGG